AUGGCACACGGUAACGGUACUCCGCAGAUGUUUAUGUGUGCUGUUGGUGGCGAGUGGCUUGCCCCUGACAAGUUCUCUCGAAACCAGAUUUCCAAAUGGCAGAAGAUCAAGGGUCGCGAUGGCGUCACUCCCGAGAAUGCUGGGCUCAUUUGCAAAGAGCAUACAAAACAGACAGCAGUACCACAAGAAAUCAAGUGCAAUGGUCCUUGUGGUCUGUGGAAACACAGGGAUCACUUCAGCAAGAACCAGCGUAACGACCCUAAUGCACAAUGCAUACCCUGUACUCUAUGGGUAUGCAAUUUCAACGGAGAGGAGGCCCCCUACGGUCCCCCGAACUCUCAGUUGCUCCCUCACCAGGUUCUGGCGCAGGCGACAGGCAUACAAAACGAAGCUCCUACCAUUGCGUCUCCCGGUCCCGCUGUUGGUAAUAGACCUAGCGGAGUUCAUUCCGAUUACCAGCAGGCUCGUAUUAAUGGAAUUGAGGCUGGUCAGGUUGAUGACACGAUGAUUCAAUCGCUCAACCCGAUGUGGCGGGGCGCCGACUCCACCAACCUACCUGUUAGUCCCGAAUCUGAUCAUAGGGGUCCCGCUACACCUACCGCCUCCGUUGUGAACUCCACUAAUAACGGUAAGGCUCAAUCGGUAACCGGCUCCACCGCACCUGCCGAUGAACCUACUUUUCGGCUGUACAACUACAGCCCAUUCGCCCCUGGUUCUAGCAAGAGUGUCGAAAAGGCCACGGACGGGGGUUCGGCGGAAGGCAGUAAAUUGCCACCUAAGAUCCCGGAUAAUCAGCCCGGUAAAAAAUGGUUCAAAGGAGACACUCGCAAAGUAUUCUUUGCGCCACCGGCUUAUGCGACUCGUCCGACGGAACCCAGCAAUUUUCGAAUCGUCGAAAGCGACGACAGUGAUAGCGACUAA